AUGGAGAUGCAGAGGUGGUCCACAAGGUGGAAAACGAAAAGGUGGCUUAUGGAUUCCUCUGUAGCUGCAUUUGUUACGUUAACCCUGGUUCUGCAGACAACCGGUGUCUCAGCAGCACAGCAAGUGGAUGUGCUCAAAGUAUUAGAAUUUCAAAAUUACCCCGAAGGAGUGACAAAAACAUCAGGAUUUUGCACAAACCGAAGAGCAUCAAAGCCGGACGCUGCUUACAGAGUUGGCAAGCAGGUCCAGAUCAGUGCGCCCACCACGCAGCUAUUCCCCGAAGGUGUUUUCCCUGAGGACUUCUCCAUCUUGACGACAGUGCGCCCCAAGUCUGGCCUCCAGUCCUUCCUUCUGUCUAUUUACAAUGAGCAGGGGGUCCAGCAGCUGGGGAUAGAAGUUGGACGCUCACCUGUCUUCCUGUAUGAGGAUCAGAAUGGCAAGCCAGCCCCGGAGGACUACCCUCUGUUCCGUACACUGAACCUUGCCGAUGGAAAGUGGCAUCGCGUUGCGAUUAGUGUGGAGAAAAAGACAGUCACCGUCAUUGUGGACUGCAAGAAGAAGAUCACCAUGCCUCUCCUCAGAAGUGACCAGACCUCCAUCAGCACCAAUGGCAUCACCGUCUUUGGCACCAGGAUCCUUGAUGAGGAGUUUUUCCAGGGCGACAUCCAACAACUUCUGAUCGUUGAUGAUUCCAAAGCGGCAUACGACUACUGUGAACAUUACAGCCCGGACUGUGACACCCCCCAUGGCGAAUCCCUGCAGGCCCAGCAGCCUCAGGAAGAGUACACUACCGAUGAUUUAGAAUACUCUCAGUUCUAUGAUUAUGCUGAGGGCCCCACUGACAUCGUUCCGACCGAUGAUGAGUAUUCUGAGCCGCAGCUAAACAAUGUAGAAGGAGAUUACAAUACAGGCUUUGACUACGGAACUGUAGAUGAUUCUCAGACUCAGUCCCCCUUUGCCACGCAUGGACCCAGUGAGGCUGUGGAGGAGGAUGUUGUCGGUGUCUAUGUCACCGAAGCCCCUCCCGUUACGCCGGAGCCCGCCGUUGUCCCAGAAACGGCGGAAAACGUGGACGCUGGCGCGGAAGCAUAUGACUUGAAGGAAUAUGAUGACCUAAAGGAGUAUGACUUGGGAGAGGUUGACAACAGGUUGUAUGAUUAUGGGGCAUAUGAUGAGUACGGCCCCACCCCCUCUAAAUCUACUGCCGCCUAUGACGAGGAAUUGGGGCCUGGGGUGGCUGCUGAAACGGACGUUUCCCAGAGCGCCGUUGCUGGAGCUGGAGGAACCUUUGGCCAAAAGGGAGAGAAGGGCGAGCCCGCUGUGAUUGAACCUGGCAUGCUGAUUGAAGGACCACCAGGACCCCCUGGUCCAGCUGGUCUUCCUGGUCCCUCAGGCCUACAAGGGCCACCUGGUGCUGCUGGAGAUCCUGGUGACAGAGGUCCUCCCGGUCGUGCUGGUUUGCCCGGUGCUGACGGCCUGCCUGGGCCCCCUGGUACCAUGCUGAUGCUGCCGUUCCGCUUUGGCGGCGAUGGUGAGAAAGGUCCGGUGGUGUCGGCCCAAGAAGCCCAAGCUCAGGCCAUCCUUUCCCAGGCCAGACUGGCUAUGAGGGGCCCCCCAGGGCCGAUGGGGUUGACAGGAAGAUCGGGGCCAGUGGGUCUACCUGGAUCAACUGGACUGAAAGGCGAAAGUGGAGAUCCUGGUCCUCAGGGGCCCCGUGGCAUCCAAGGGCCACCAGGACAAACCGGAAAAGCUGGCAAGAGGGGUCGUGCCGGAGCCGACGGAGCACGUGGAAUGCCCGGAGAGCCAGGCAGCAAAGGUGACCGAGGCUUUGAUGGGCUCCCCGGACUGCCUGGUGAAAAAGGGCACAGGGGUGAGCCAGGACCAAUGGGACCGCCAGGUUCUCCUGGAGAGGAUGGACAGAGAGGUGAGGAUGGAGAGAUCGGACCCAGAGGGUUGGCUGGGGAGAGUGGUCCAAGAGGUCUCCUGGGACCUCGCGGUUCCCCUGGCCCUCCUGGCUCACCUGGUAUUGCUGGAGUUGAUGGACCUCCAGGUUCAAAAGGAAACAUGGGACCACAAGGAGAACCAGGACCACCGGGCCAACAGGGAAUUUCAGGCACUCAGGGUCUUCCUGGUCCCCAAGGCCCUAUUGGACCUCCUGGUGAAAAAGGUCCUCAGGGCAGGUCAGGGUUGCCUGGACUACCUGGUGCAGAUGGACCCCCUGGUCAUCCUGGCAAGGAGGGUCCACCUGGAGAAAAAGGAGCCCAAGGUCCAGUGGGCCCGCAGGGUCCGAUCGGCUACCCUGGGCCUCGCGGUGUCAAGGGUGCUGAUGGUGUGAGAGGGCUGAAAGGUUCAAAGGGAGAAAAGGGUGAAGAUGGUUUCCCAGGUUUCAAAGGUGACAUGGGAAUCAAAGGAGACCGGGGUGAGGUUGGCAUGUUGGGGCCUCGUGGAGAGGAUGGUCCUGAAGGUCCCAAGGGAAGAUCAGGGCCCAAUGGAGAGUCAGGUCCCAUAGGUCCUGCUGGAGAGAAGGGUAAACUGGGAGUACCGGGAUUGCCAGGAUAUCCAGGAAGACAAGGACCGAAGGGCUCCAGUGGUUUCCCUGGAUUCCCAGGGGCCAAUGGAGAGAAAGGUGCCAGGGGUGUUGCAGGCAAACCUGGUCCAAGAGGACAAAGGGGGCCAACGGGUCCUCGUGGGGCUCGAGGAGCUCGAGGCCCAACAGGAAAGCCAGGCCCCAAGGGUACAUCCGGGAAUGACGGUCCUCCAGGCCCGCCUGGUGAGAGAGGACCUCAAGGACCUCAGGGGCCUGUGGGCUUCCCUGGACCAAAGGGACCACCUGGACCACCUGGAAAGGAUGGACUGCCUGGACACCCAGGCCAGCGUGGCGAGACGGGUUUUCAAGGAAAAACUGGUCCGCCAGGCCCAGGAGGCGUUGUUGGGCCCCAGGGACCCACUGGAGAGACUGGUCCUGUUGGUGAGAGAGGCCACCCUGGACCUCCUGGUCCACCCGGAGAGCAAGGUCUCCCUGGAGCUGCUGGAAAAGAAGGAGCAAAGGGAGACCCCGGGCCGCAGGGUUCCUCUGGCAAGGAUGGUCCCCCCGGCCUCAGAGGUUUUCCAGGCGAGAGAGGCCUACCUGGUGCCACGGGUCCUGCAGGUCUGAAGGGAGGAGAGGGGCCCCAGGGUCCACCUGGUCCUGUUGGUUCUCCUGGUGAGAGAGGUCCCGCCGGUUCAGCAGGUCCAAUCGGCCUGUCUGGCAGACCUGGCCCUCAAGGUCCCCCAGGUCCCGCUGGGGAGAAAGGGGCACCUGGUGAGAAAGGUCCCCAAGGUCCAGCUGGCCGUGAUGGCGUCCAGGGUCCCGUGGGCUUGCCGGGACCUGCCGGACCACAAGGUCCACCCGGAGAGGAUGGUGAUAAGGGAGAGGUUGGCGAGCCGGGCCAGAAAGGAAGCAAAGCUGAUAAGGGAGAACAGGGUCCGCCCGGACCAGCAGGUCUUCAAGGUCCCAUUGGUGCCCCAGGUCCUGCUGGAGCUGAUGGAGAGCCUGGUCCCAGAGGUCAGCAGGGUAUGUUUGGACAGAAAGGUGAUGAAGGAGCCAGAGGUUUCCCUGGACCACCUGGUCCCAUCGGCCUGCAGGGGCUUCCAGGACCUCCUGGUGAGAAGGGAGAAAACGGUGAUGUUGGCCCCAUGGGUCCUCCUGGCCCCCCUGGUCCUCGAGGUCCUCAGGGUCCUAGUGGAGCUGAUGGCUCACAAGGUCCUCCAGGCGGCGUGGGUCCCGUUGGCUCAGUGGGAGAAAAGGGUGAACAAGGUGAGGCCGGGAACCCCGGACCACCUGGAGAGCCCGGCACUGGGGGACCCAAAGGCGAGAGAGGAGAGAAGGGAGAAGCAGGACCUCCUGGCGCUGCUGGACCCGCUGGUGCCAAAGGUCCCCCCGGAGAUGAUGGCCCAAAGGGUAACCCCGGGCCCGUCGGAUUCCCUGGAGACACUGGUCCUCCCGGAGAGCCAGGUGUUGCUGGCACAGAUGGAGAACCAGGAGAGAAGGGAGACGAUGGUGAAACUGGCCAGGCAGGACCCCCAGGUCCAUCAGGGGAAGCUGGCCCACCUGGACCUCCUGGCAAAAGAGGGCCUCCGGGAGCGGCUGGUGCUGAAGGCAGACAAGGAGAGAAGGGCGCCAAGGGUGAGGCUGGCUCCGAAGGUCCAGCGGGUAAAACUGGACCUGUUGGGCCUCAGGGACCUGCCGGAAAGCCUGGUCCAGAAGGUCUCCGUGGAAUACCUGGCCCUGUUGGUGAACAAGGACUUCCCGGUGCUUCGGGACAAGACGGCCCACCUGGACCAAUGGGUCCUCCUGGACUUCCUGGUCUGAAAGGUGACCCAGGCUCCAAGGGUGAAAAGGGACAUCCAGGUUUAAUCGGUUUGAUCGGGCCUCCUGGUGAACAAGGAGAAAAGGGAGACCGAGGUUUGCCUGGACCGCAAGGGUCAUCUGGUAGCAAAGGAGACGGUGGUAUCAGUGGAUCAGCAGGUCCCCUCGGUCCCCCCGGCCCCCCUGGUCUACCUGGUCCUCAAGGUCCAAAGGGAGCUAAAGGUUCAACUGGUCCAGCCGGUACUAAAGGAGAUAAUGGUGCCAUUGGACCUCCAGGUCCUCCCGGCCCACCGGGUGAGGUCAUCCAGCCACUGCCCGUCCGUUCCCCCAAGAAGACCAAACGUUCCAGCGAUAUGCAGUCCGACGCGGCCGGUACCUUCAUGGAUUACGGCGAGGGCAUGGAGGGCAUCUUUAGCUCACUCAACAACCUUAAACAAGAUAUUGAGCGCAUGAAAUACCCCAUGGGGACACAGAACAACCCAGCCAGAACAUGCAAAGAUCUGCAACUCUGCCACCCAGAGUUCCCUGAUGGUGAAUACUGGAUUGAUCCAAACCAAGGUUGCUCAGGGGAUUCUUUCAAAGUCUACUGUAACUUUACUGCUGGGGGAGAAACAUGCAUCUACCCAGAUAAGAAGUCCAAUGGGGUCAGAAUAUCCUCAUGGCCUAAAGAAGUUCCUGGGUCAUGGUUCAGUGAAUUUAAGCGUGGUAAAAUACUUUCCUACGUCGACUCGGAUGGCAACUCGAUUAACAUGGUGCAGAUGACCUUCCUCAGACUACUGACGGCCUCGGCAAGGCAAAACUUCACCUACAGCUGCCACCAGUCGGUGGCAUGGCAUGACGCCACCAGUGACAGCUAUGACAAGUCGCUGCGCUUCCUGGGUGCCAAUGACGAGGAGAUGUCCUACGACAACAACCCUUACAUUACGGCCCUCUCAGACGGAUGUGCGACGAGGAAGGGCUAUGGAAAGACUGUGAUGGAGAUUAAUACUCCCAAAAUCGAUCAGGUUCCAAUCAUCGAUGUCAUGUUGACUGACUUUGGGGACCCAAAUCAGAAGUUCGGGUUUGAAGUUGGGCCGGUCUGCUUUCUUGGCUAAAUAAAAAAAAAAAAAAAAGACAAGAAAAAAUAAAAAAAUAAAAAAGGACUUGAUGGGGUCAGCAGAAAAAGUCAAGCUGAAGCCUCCCUAGCCCCGCCCCUCCCCAACUACUCCCCUCACCACCCCCAGGCUUUUUCUUUGCCACAUGCAAGUUCUGAAUAAGAGAUGGUGUUGCAAACAUGUCCUUUCCGUGUAUGUAUGCAUAAACCAGGAGAGUACUUGUUGCCCUUGUAGGGCUCGAACCACAUCGCUUAACCCCAACACGGAGCAAAAGGUGAAGGACAUUUGAGAGCGCGGCAGAGGAAGGCAAAUCCAAGUGAGCCAAGAGAGGCCGCGGUCAGGCGACAUGGGUGGACACGGACCUCCUCUCUGGAUCCUCCAGGUGCUGUACGUAAAUCAAUGGUGCUAGUUCAAGAACACACUCCAAAUGAAUAAAGAGGUGCUAAGAAAAGAAAGAAGGUCUAUUUUGAUAAUAAUAAUAAUAAUAAUUUUUAAAAAGUAUUGUGUACAUUACUGUUAUUUCUGAAUCCACCUUCAAAACUUGCAUGUGUUCCAUUCUGCUUCCGGCUCCUUUAUUUCAGCAAAGGACUCAUCAUAUGUUUGAAUUCUGCGAUUGUUCCGAUGACCAAAUACUGUGUACCUUUCACGAGGCAAAUAAAGUGAGCAUCCAAACAAUUGUUCAGUACUAAAUUUAGACUCUGCCCUUUGUAUAUACUGACCCUCCAUAGCUUGAGGUUCUAUGCCCUGGUGACCGUUGGUGAAACAACAACACGGCGACAUCUCCCACUAAUGUUGUGAUCCUGUGCUAGUAGCAAUCAUGGCAUUCAUUUAAUUAAUUUAAUUCUAUUUGUUGUUUUUUUUUUUCUUUUCUGUUUUGUUUUCUGACAGGCUUUUAAUUUUGGUUGUAUACCUCAGACUUUCUUGAUAACCUUUUAGGAUGCAAGGAUGUUAUACCCUGUAUAUACCUUGGUUAAACAAUUAAGUUUAUAUAUUUUGGAUGGGGAUUAUUUUUUUGAAAGAGAGAAUUCCACAACUGCUAGACAUCCACUGUUCAAACCCUUCUGUGAAUGCAAUGAGAAGCCCUUCAAGAGAAAAUGUUUUAAUGUUGCUUUUUAUAGUUCAAUUAAAUAUUAAAACUGGAUUGGAAACAACAGUGAACUGCAUGUCUCAGUGGUUUGUGUAAAAUGACUGCAAUCGUAGUCCACCUACUGUACAUGUCAAACGCUUUUUAUCGAGGAUAUGUUACGUCAACUCAAGAUUUUGGGCUGGUGCAAUCCCAUCUCUCUUCAAACCAAUAAAGUUCCAUCUUACCAUA